ACCGAACUUAAGAGCACCGGAUCCCUCCCCCAAAUCGCUUUUCUUCUUCUCCACGAUCCCAAAAAUCCCUAAAUUUGGACCAACCUCACUGUUACACGGAAAACCUAACCAAAUCUCAGAGAGAGAAAAGCGAUGAAGAUCACGGCGUUGCUGGUCCUCAAGUGCAACCCUGAAGGAUCCGACCCGGUCAUAUUGGCCAACGCCUCCGAUACCUCCCAUUUUGGCUACUUCCAGAGGUCCAGCGUCAAGGAGUUCAUCGUCUUCGUCGGCCGCACCGUCGCCCAACGCACCCCUCCCGGUCAACGCCAGUCUGUCAAGCACGAAGAGUAUAAAGUACAUGCUUACAACAGCAAUGGACUCUGUGCAUUGGGCUUUAUGGAUGAUCACUAUCCGGUUAGAAGUGCGUUUUCGCUGCUGAACCAGGUGUUAGAUGAAUAUCAGAAAAAAUUUGGUGAUUCUUGGAGGACUGCACAACAGGACAGCACAGAAUCGUGGCCCUACCUAAAUGAGGCUCUAACAAGAUUCCAGGACCCAGCAGAAGCUGAUAAGUUGUUGAAAAUUCAGAGGGAAUUGGAUGAAACAAAGAUUAUUCUUCAUAAGACUAUUGAUAGUGUGCUUGAACGAGGUGAGAAACUGGACAGUUUGGUUGAGAAGAGUUCGGAUCUGAGCACGGCAUCACAGAUGUUCUAUAAGCAGGCAAAAAAGACCAAUUCUUGUUGUACCAUACUGUAAGCUUCUGGUGCUAGCAUCAAACCCGUAAUGACAAUCCUGGUGUUUAAGUUGAAGGAAGACAAAUUGGCGAUUGUAAUAUUUCCAUGUCAUUUGUCAAUUGUUCGCUUGGCAGAAUUGUGUGGAUCUUCAUUUUCUUUUGUAUCAAAAAAGAAGGGAAACCGAAUAUUGAUAGUAUGGUUACCGUGUUUCUGUUUGGAAACACAAGUUUAUAUUUAACUGUGUGCUAUGUCAUGUUUGCGAUAUUCUCAUUUACGAUUUAUAAAUCUAUAUGCCAUUGCUUAUUCUUUUGAA